CGACUCUCUCUCUCUGUGUCUCUGUGGCAUUGGAACUUUGGAAGUAUCGCAAAACAAACAAACGCUCUACACAUUUCUUCCCUCAACUAGAAUAAAACACAACAUUUAACACCCUUAUUCCCUUUGGGCUUCUCAGAUUUCUCAGACCAACACCAAAGCGCUCUCUUGGAUCUCAUCGCCCCUCGUCCCCACCCCUACAAAGCCACCCCCAUUAAUCCCCCAUUUCAAUUUCAGAUCCCAUCCCCUAAACACUUCGCACCCAUCUCUCCUCAUUCUUGUGUUCACCUCCAAAAUGGCUUCUUUCACUGCCCCUUGUCCCAAACCUUGUUCUGCCCCAAUUGUUCGACUUGCUGCGUCACAGAGCUCACAGCCCCAGCAGCAGCUCCUUUCCUUCCACAACUGUCUCAAUCGGUCUUCCUUGCUCCAAGCUUCUGGGCUCCAGAGCAACAUCAAGAAGCAAUCUGGUGCUUGGAAGGUGCAGGCACUCAGUAAGUUUCUUUCUUUUUUUGCUCCAAUUUUUGAAUUGAAGGUCACUACUGAGAAACCUUCAAAUUCUGCACCCAUAAAUAACACCAAGUCUGAAGAUGAGUCUGCUGAAAAGGUUUCGAACAAUAUUCCAGAUGCAUCAUCAAUCUCAGCAUUCAUGGCCCAAGUAUCAGACCUUGUCAAGUUAGUGGAUUCAAGAGAUAUAGUGGAGCUGCAAAUGAAGCAACUAGAUCUAGAGCUCGUAAUAAGAAAGAAGGAAGCCUUGGAGAAGCCAGCACCACAAGCUCCUUUUGCUUCUGCACCACCACCGUAUCCUUAUCCUAUGCAAUAUGGUCCACCACCACCAGCCCCAGCAGCUGCUCCUGCUCCAGCAAGCCCAGCUCCAGCAGCAUCAGCACCUGCAUUACCUGCCCCUGCAAAGCCAGCAGCAUCAGCUCACCCACCGCUGAAAUGCCCCAUGGCUGGAACCUUUUACCGUUGUCCUGCACCUGGCGAACCACCUUUUGUCAAGGCAAGAGAUAAAGUGCAGAAAGGUCAAGUCAUUUGCAUCAUUGAGGCCAUGAAGUUGAUGAAUGAAAUUGAGGCUGAUCAAUCUGGAACCAUAGUUGAGGUACUUGCUGAGGAUACAAAACCAGUGAGCGUAGACACGCCUCUUUUUGUCAUAGCACCCUGAGCAACUGGGAAGAAUUUUGUAUAAGCUUUUAUGGUGAAGAACACUGUUUGAAGAUGCUUGAUUCUCGACGGACUUUUUGAUACUAUUUAUGCUCCCUUGUAAUUUAAAUUUGAAUAAUGGUGUUGUUUCGAUUCUGGUGGAAAUCCUCGUUAUUCACAUUUUUAGAGUUUUAGGAUAGGGCAUGGUGCUCAGUGAUGUUAGGCAAUGAAUUAUCUCUAAACACAAUAUUUGUGCCUCCUUAAGGAGGUGCUAGAAAGUAUGCUAUGAGACUUUUUCUUCA